GCACAGGAGAAGUUUUUGAAGGUCGGUGAGAAAGGGAGGAUGAUGACAACAUAAUUAUCACUAGGUUGCAGUAACAAAGCACUUUUACCUUGGGAAGAUGGAACUGCGUGAGAUUUUAGGAGAAGUGAUUUGUUUUGACAUCGACAGUAAAGUCAGGAGCUCAAGCGAAUGGCUUUGAAGGGGAUGACGGAAGGGGACUUCUCUUUGUUUGGAUGCUUAUAUAACACCUUGCCUUCAGGAGGGCUGAAGGAGCAACCGGAAGAGACAAGUUACCAAGACCAAAGAGAGAACAUUUUAGUUGUUUUUUGGGGGGGGGGAUUAUGAGGAUACGUUAGGUUCUUCAAGGUGUUGAAACCAGAGCACAGUUGGAGUGGAGGGUUUAGACCUGUCUUCUUCUGCUGGGUUGUAUCUACAAUCCAGAUCCUGGAGGGUGUUGAUAAGUCAGGUGUCAGAGCUGUCUGUUUUAAUGUUAGGGAUCAGACUGUUUCAAACCAAGACGGUGGUUUGGUUUCUUCAGAGAGCUAAUGAAAAACCCAGUUAAAAUGGAAAUCUUGACUCAUUUAUGCCUAGUUGGACAUGGAGCGAGGAGCUCUGGUGCAUGGCUUGGAGAGAAGGUUCAAAGCAAGUGUUUAGUGGUUGAGCGGGAUGAGGUAAUAUAGCCUAGUUUUGCAGGUGCAAUUUUUUUGAAUGAAGUUGAAUGAGCUGUUGGCAGAUUUGAAGAGUUGGACUACAUUGGAGAGUUGGAGUCUGAAGAUGGAUUCCGAGAUGAGUUUGAUGUAGCAAGGAAGGGAAGAUGUAGGUAGUUGUGGGUAAAAUAAUGCAUAAUGUCGGUGUGGCAUUAGUGUCAGUCGAGUACAGUGAUCGGGGGACAGGAUUUGUAGGUUGUUUAGGUAAGGUUGAAGAGUUAAGGUCCAUAGUUAGGGUUGAGAGUGAGGGAGACUCUGGGGUUGGUUACCAUGUUCCUGUAUUGGAAGAAGAGGGGGGCGUAUGAGCUGGAGACCCUCCCCUCCUACCUCACCGAGCAGGUGGCAGAGCACUACUCCUGGUCUUCCUCUCUGGACGUCAUCCAUGAUCUGUGCGACGAGAAGCCUGUUCAGGAGGAGGACUGGGUGGUGUGCCAGCAUCCUGAGUGCCCUGACCGUCGACAGGCCUCGAAGGUGUGCCACCACCCAGAGUGCCUGGACCUGAACAACAAGAGCCCUCUUCACCUUUGUGAGUCAUGUGACUCCCGCUGCCACCCGGAAGACACAGAAAACAUGCACUUUGACCGACACCCCCGCUUUGACCUGCAAACACAAGGUUCCAUCCUGGCCCGGAACGUUUCGACGCGCUCCUGUCCCCCCCGCACCAGCCCCCCCUCUGACCUGGAGGAGGAGGACGAAGGGGCCAACGACCGAGGGGAACGUAAAGCUGGGGGGUUGAAGUUGGUGAAGAAGAAACCACGGCGACGGCACACUGACGAUCCCAGCAAGGAGUGCUUCAGCCUCAAGUUUGAUCUGAACGUGGACAUUGACACAGAGAUCGUCCCCGCUGUGAAAAAGAAGACCCUGAGGGAGGUGCUAGGUCCUGUGUUUGAGCGUAAAGGUAUUGAGUUAUCCCGGGUAGAUCUGUUCCUGGACCAGUCCAACACUCCCCUGUCCCUGAACUUUGAGGCUUACCGCUUCGGUGGCCACUAUCUCAAGGUUAAAGCGCGGCCAGGUGAUGAGCUGAAGGUGGAGCAGGGAGUGAAAGACCUGCGGUCGCUCAGUCUGCCCAACAUGAAGCCCUCCUUGGGGGAGCAGAGUCCCUACAUCCUUACCCUCUGUAGUGAGAGGGUGGAGCACGGAUCCCUUGGACGCAAGGAGAGCAACGUCGAUCUGCUGGGUCAGGCACGUCGCAGGAAGAACAUAACAGAGUUCCUCGGGGACGCCAGCAUCCCGUCUCCGGACUCCCUGACCGCACUGAGCAGCUCUCUGCCCAGUGUGGGGGCUGGACCGGACAGCUGGAAGAACCGCGCCGCCAGCCGCUUCUCCGGCUUCUUCAGCUCCAACACUGGAGCCGGGGCCUUUGGCAAGGAGGUGGACCGCAUGGAGCAGCUCCAGAAUAAGCUGCAGUCGUACACUCUGUUUGGCCUUCCCAAGGUUCCUCCUCAGCUCUCCUUCCAUCACGACUCCUGGGAGGAGGAGGAGGAGGAGACCAGCCUCACCCUGGAGGACAGCUGGACACAGCUACUCGACAACCAUGAGACGUUGACCAGACGCCAGUUCCAUCAGCAGGAGGCGAUCUGGGAGCUCCUGCACACUGAGGCCACCUACAUCAAGAAACUACGAGUCAUCACUGACUUGUUCCUGUGUGGGCUGUUGAACCUGCAGGAGAGUGGUCUGCUGACGGAGGUGGAGCCUGCGCGACUCUUCAGUAACAUCCAGGACAUUGUGCGUCUGCACACGGCCCUGUGGAACCAGGUGAUGCUGCCUGCCCUGGAGAUGGCCCGGAAGGCCAGAACCCUCCUCAACCCGACAGACCUCCACCACGGCUUCAGGACGAUUGGCUCCAGGUUUAAGCCCUACAUCCGCUACUGUAUGGAGGAGGAGGCCAGUAUGGAGUACAUGAGGUCACUGCUCAGGGACAACGAGCUCUUCAGGAUCUAUGUCACGUGGGCUGAGACCCAUAAGCAGUGUAACCGGCUGAAGCUGGCUGACAUGCUAGCCAAGCCCCACCAGAGACUCACCAAGUAUCCCCUACUGCUGAAGGCUGUUCUCAAGAAGACGGACGACUCGUCGUCCCGCGACGCCGUCAGCGGCAUGGUGGCGUGGGUGGAGGGCUUCAUCAACAGCGUGGACUCUCAGAUGCGCCAGCGGGAGGAGCAGCAGAAGCUAGCCGCCAUCUCUGGGCGCAUCGACUCCUACGAAGCAGUGGAGGGGAGCAGCGAGGAGUUGGAGAAGAUCCUGCGUGAGUUUAACCGCUUCGACCUGAUGGCUCCUAUGAGAGGCACAUCACCAGAGGAGACCAGACAGCUCCAUUUGGAGGCGGCACUGCGCAUGAAGGAGGGCAAAGACAGCAGGAUGGAGGUGUACUGCUUCCUGUUCACAGACCUGCUGCUCAUCACCAAACCAGUGAAGAGGUUAGAGAAGGUCAAGGUGAUCAGACAGCCCCUCCUCAUCCACAAUGUUGUCUGCAAGGAACUCAAAGACCCUGGCUCCUUCAUUCUCAUCUACCUCAAUGAGUUCAAGAGCGCGGUGGCGGCCUACACUUUCCAGGCCAACAGCGCCGCCCAGGGGCGAAGCUGGGUUGACGCCAUCUGCAACGUCCAGAACCAGCUCCAGAGAAUGCGGACUGAGGAGGUUCUCAGGCAGCAGGUCACCCUACAGCGCCGUCUAUGCGGAGAGGAAGAGGAGGAGGAAAACAAGAGCAGCAACUCCACUUCCAGCUCCCCCUGCAUGAGGAACAAAGAUCAGCAGGGACCAAGUCAUUCGGAUUGCUCCACAGAGACCCUGUCAGUCAUGGACAUAGGAGAGGAUUCAGGGGAGCACCAAAACCCCUCAGCCACAAGCACAGACCCAGGAGGACCCUUAGAGAAGAGCCUAGACUCGGGCACAGUUACCCCACCUACUGGGCCUGAGCCCCUGCACUGCAACCCUGCCAGCCCCCAGGACAACCUCGCCGACCGGAACCCUGAGCCAGAGGAGGAGGGUGUUAUGGAGGGAGGGGAGGUUGAGCUGGAGCCUCAGUGUCGCUCUCUGUCCAUGGACAGUGCCUACGGUACCCUCUCCCCAGAGUCCCUACUGAGAGAGCUGGACCUGCAGACACGACCAGGCCAGAGCAAGGGAGAAGAGACUGAAGAGGAGGGAGGGAUAGAGGGACACGAGGUGGGGGUGGAGGUGGAAAUGGAGAGCGAAAAGGUGGUAAUGAAACUGAUGGAUGAGGAAGUGGAGAAGGAGGAGGAUUCAACCUCUGUUGGUUCCCAGCUGUCAGUGGUUCAGUCUUUGAAGCCUCGGCGACGCCCCCCGGUUACUGCCCGCCUCCGCAGCCUCCAGAGCCUGAACAUCAAGUCAAUUUCAGAGGACAACCUUCUGCAGCGUUUCCGUGAUAACGCCCCUGUCUCCCGGAUACAAACCUGCAGCCUUACAGCCCAGGACCAAUCAGAACACAGGAGCGAGAGGGCGGAAAGCCUGGUCCACAGUAAGAGCCUAUCCGCCCAAGACCUUACUGGGCUGUUUAAGACUGACCAAGACUCAGAGCCUGAGUAUGAGGACUUCCUGAGUAUGAGCAUGCCUUCUGGUAAGCUCUGUGACACCCUGAGGAAGGCGGAGGCCCGGCAGGUCCAGAGGGCUCUGGCUGCAGCUGAGGCCUGUGAAGGCAGCAAUAGCCAGGCUGACGGCAGCAGCUCAGAUGGGGAGACGGUGGGGGCGCCCUCUGGAGGACACGGGGGGAAGUGCAGUGAGUCGUUCACAGCCGGUUGCCCAGAGAAGCAGUCAUCGCCCAAAAGAAGGAAGACCCAUCAGCACAAGAAGCUGACCCUAGCCCAGCUCUAUAGGAUACGCACCACCCUAGUGCUCAACUCUACUCUCACUGCAUCGUAA